AUGGUAGCAAUCUUCAUUUUGAGUUUGGCCCUGUUCACAGGCGCUACUUCAGCGGCGGAUUUUGAUCAGUAUGAUCUUGCACUAAACGGCACCAGCAACGUCACGGCUCUACACCAGUUCCCCUCAGUAGUGCAGGUGGAGUUCCUGGACUAUUGGGGCUGGAACGUGUGGACCCAGAACUGCGCUGCUACUAUCCUGACUUCAAGGUGGUUGCUAUCUGCUGCUACGUGUUUCUCUGGACCGACCUAUCCAAGCACGCGCUCGCGCCGAAUCCGCGCUGGAGCUGUCUACCGUCAUUUUGGAGGUCAGAUCGUCGACGUGGACUUCGAGGUCAACUACCAGCGUAACGUGACCAACAAAACAGCCCUCAUCUACGACAUGAGCGUAGUGAGGCUCAGGAGCCCCCUGUUCUACAGCAACCUCGUCAGUCAGGGCGCUAUCAUCGCUUCGGGCUUCCAAAUCCCAACCGGUUUGGUUGUUAAUCAAAACUCCUCCGAGUUGACCAUUGCACCAGUCACAAUCGGAGUCCGGCUUUACCCAUCCAACGGCACCCAUCCAACCAUCCUCGUCGGACAUCCGAGUGUUGGCGAAGUCAGCGGCGACAUCGGAGGCCCUUGGUUCGUCGGCAACGUCUCCAUAGCAGUCCUAUCCGGGUUCAAUACCAACGUCACUUGGACGGAUUCCAUCUACGCGACAUCCAUAUCCUCUUUCACGAAUUGGAUAGUCAGCAUUGCAUCUACAUAG